AUGUCAGAGGGGUUUAACUGGAUUUUAUUCAUACAAACUGUGCUAGCCUCUGUCACAAUCCGGCUGCUGCCACAAGAGGAAAUAGUGGUUUAUGGAAUCCCCUACCUCAAGAAUCUCGAGGCCAUCAUAGACGCCUACCCAGCCAGGACCAUCCAGAACUACUUGAUGUGGCGGCUGGUGCAAGACCGCAUCAGCAGCCUGAGUCAGCGAUUCAAGGACACUCGGAUGGACUACCGCAGGACGCUGUACGGCACGACGGUUGAGGAGACACGUUGGCGGGAGUGCGUCAGUUACGUCAACAGCAACAUGGAGAAUGCCGUAGGCUCUCUCUAUGUCAGGAAUGCCUUCCCCAAAGACAGCAAGGAGAUGGUGAGAAAUCUCAUUGAAAAGCUGCAGGCAGUGUUUGUGGACAAUCUGGAUGAGCUGAGCUGGAUGGACAGUGAGUCCAAGAACAAAGCCCAGGAGAAGGCCAUGAACAUGCGAGAGCAGAUUGGUUAUCCCGACUACAUCCUGGAGGAGUCGAACCAGCAGCUGGACAUGGAGUACUCCAAUCUGGACUUCUCUGAGGAUCUGUACUUUGAGAACACCUUGCAGAACCUCAAGGCCAGUGCCCAGAGGAGCAUCAAGAAGCUUCGGGAGAAGGUGGACCCAAAUCUCUGGAUCAUCGGGGCAGCAGUGGUCAAUGCAUUCUACUCCCCAAACCGAAACCAGAUUGUGUUCCCCGCCGGGAUCCUCCAGCCCCCCUUCUUCAGCAAGGAGCAGCCACAGGCCUUGAACUUCGGGGGCAUCGGCAUGGUGAUUGGGCACGAAAUCACCCACGGCUUUGACGACAAUGGCCGGAAUUUUGACAAAGAUGGCAACAUGCUGGAUUGGUGGAGCAACUUCUCGGCUCAGCACUUCAGAAAACAGUCAGAAUGCAUGAUCUACCAAUACAACAACUACAGCUGGAACCUCGCAGAUAAUCAGAACGUGAAUGGGUUCAGCACGCUUGGGGAAAACAUUGCUGACAAUGGAGGGGUACGGCAGGCAUAUAAGGCUUACCUGAAGUGGCUGAUGGACGGCGGUAAAGAUUUUCAGCUGCCAGGCUUGGAAAUGACCCACACACAGCUUUUCUUUAUCAACUAUGCCCAGGUGUGGUGUGGGUCCUACCGACCUGAAUUUGCCAUCCAGUCCAUCAAGACAGAUGUCCACAGUCCCCUGAAGUACAGGGUGCUGGGCUCACUGCAGAACCUGGGCGCCUUCGCGGAGGCAUUCAGCUGUGCGGAGGGCACUCCAAUGCACCCGAAGGAGCAAUGUCGCAUCUGGUAG